AUGUUGAAUGCGGCGCUUUACGAGCGGACGCAAAUUAUAAUCGGAGAUGAGGGCGUGAAAAGGCUCCAUCAGGUUAAUAUAUUUCUUGCUGGAGUUGGGGGUGUGGGAGGCCACUGUGCUGAGGCUCUCGUGCGAGGUGGCGUCGGUAAGAUUACCAUAUGCGACUACGAUGUUGUGUCCGCGACCAAUAAAAAUCGACAACUCGUGGCAAUGGAUAGCACUGUAGGAAAAAGCAAGGUAGACGUCCUUGCUCGUCGGUUGCAGGACAUCAACGCCCACUGUCGCGUGACAGCAUUGGAGGCGUUGUUGCUUCCAGAGGAUAUGGAGGAUUUUUUGACACGUCAGCGCUACGAUUAUGUGGUGGAUUGCAUUGACAGCGUCGAGUGUAAGGUUGCGCUGCUGAGCACAGCGGUGCGACUCGGGCUGCGCACGUAUGCCUCAUGUGGUGCUGGCGGCCGGGUGGACCCUUCACUCGUUAGGGUUAGUGACAUUUUUGACACCGUGAACGACGCCUUAGCUCGCUGUUGUCGAAGUGAGCUACGUAAGCGCGGUGUUGGACCUGGUGCCAUUACAGCUGUGCACAGUAGUGAGUUGGGUUGUCCUCCCUUGGAACCCCAACGGCAAGAGGCGGGUGGACGGGACCGAGCCAUCAACGGUACGGUAAGUUACAUGCCACCUUUGUUCGGGCUGUUGCUUGCAUCUUCUGUACUGAGGCACGCGGUGGACCCUGUAAAAGCAGAAAAAGAAGCAGAGCGGAGAUUGAAGAAGGCAAAGAAAGAGGAGGCUCGGGCUCACAAGAAGGCUUCCCGGUUGGUAGGCGUGAAACGAUGCUGA